CUGCAAAUAUAUUUUAGACAAUCUCCAUUGAAAUGUCAACAUAAUUGCCCCUUCCCUUACGCACUGAAUGAAACACAGUCGUUAAAAGGAGAGAAAAAUUGGAAGAUAUAGAAACAUCCCCUCUCGUUCUAUCUCCUUUCUCACGAACUUCUUCCUCUCAUACGCAUGCUAUAUAACAACACCGAUGGUGUCCCCUAAAUUCUUCACAACUCGAAUAUUAACCUUUAAAUUUCAAUUUCCAAAACAUAAUCCAUUGUUCUUCAAUAUUUCUUUUACCGUUACAUAUGGAUUCCCUACAUCACAAUUUAGAAAUCACAGUCUUAUCUGCAGAAAACCUAAAAUUGGCCGGAAAAUCUGUAAAAAAGGACACCUUCGUUGUGAUUAAAGUUGAUCCUCUCAAUUCUCAAUCCACAAGAGCUGAUUAUGAAGGUGGAAGCAAUCCUUCUUGGAAUCAAAAGCUCGAAAUAGGCAUGCCAAUGCAUGCUCGCUUUAUUACCCUAGAAGUGCAAUGCAAGAUUGGGUCAGGAAAUAGAGUUGUUGGAACAGCUAAUGUUCCCGUUUCUGAUUUCAUGAGCUGUUAUAUCCCAGAAAACUAUUUAAACUUUUUGAGUUAUCGACUGAGAGAUGUGAGGGGUGAAAAGAACGGUAUUGUUAAUAUUUCUUUAAAAGUAAAAUCGCCGGCUGCCUGUGCGACGCCGGGCAUGAGAAAAAACUUGCCGAGUUACUCGUGGCAAUCAUCGCCGUCACCGCAGAUGCGGCCAACGUGGGGAGUGCCCGUGGGCCAGAAGAAUUGUCUUGGUCAUGGAGGAGUGGUAACAGGAGUUCCUGUUUGGUGUGUUUCUCGGGCUUAAUUUCCAAAGUUUGGGGUUCUUUGUUAGACUUCUGUAUCUAUGCUUUACUACUAAACCAACAAUUCAAAUUUAGCCUUAGGGAAAAUUUUUUUGUCAAUAUUGAUCAAGAAUAAAUAUGUUUGAUUAUAUUAAA